AUGGCUUCCUGUAUCCAUGCCGCCUCUCAAGAUCUACGGCCCCCGUCACACUCGCAAGCGGUGUAUCGGGAGGACUGCACGCAAUGCUUCGACUCCAUCGACGAUCAAGGUGGCUUAAAUGUGUGCCUCACGUGCUUCAACGGCGGAUGCACCGGAGACAGAGACCAUGCGUCUCUCCAUUUCAAGCGCUUUGGUCACCCUCUUGUGCUCAAUAUCAAAAGAUCCCGGAAGAAAGUUCAGCGUGAUGAGCCCCCACAGAAGAUCUCCAAGCUCGCGAUUGUUGCAGAAACAGAGGACGACAUCUACGACACAGCCACGCGCGUCAGUUGCUAUGCUUGCGCGGACGACAAUGUCGAUACAUCCAUUGGAAACCUUAGUUCCGUUGUCGAAGGGGUUAUGAAAGCAAUGACAUACUCGAAGCGAGAAGAGCAUGAACCCAAGCCGACUGAAUCGAGAGGUAAAUCACUCCGCUUUCCGCAGAUAGCCAUGGAGCACAGUUCUAACAAAGAAGACAAAGAUCUAAGCCAAUGUUCCAUGUGCGAUCUCAAGGAAAACCUGUGGCUAUGUUUAGAGUGCGGCAAUCUCGGCUGCGGACGUAGCCAGUUCGGCGGCAUGGGCGGAAACUCCCAUGCCCUCGCGCAUUCAGACAUGUCCUCUCAUGGCGUUGCCGUCAAGCUAGGCUCGAUAACUGCAGAUGGCACCGCGGAUGUCUACUGUUACAAGUGCAAUGAAGAAAGGGUCGACCCUGAACUGGCUGCCCAUCUUGCCCACUGGGGUAUCAAUCUCGCGGGGCGAGAGAAAACAGAGAAGAGCCUAAUGGAGAUGCAAGUGGAACACAAUCUGAAAUGGGACUUCUCCAUGAAGACAGAGGACGGCCAUGAACUUAUACCCAUCUUUGGUCCAGGCUUUACGGGGUUGACGAACUUGGGAAAUAGUUGCUAUCUCUCAAGCGUUGUGCAGUGCAUUUUUGACCUACCGGAGUUUCAGCGGAGAUACUAUCAUAUCGUUGAAGAGCCUCCCUACUCUCAAGUUCCGGCGGAGGACUUCGAAACGCAGAUGCAAAAACUUGCCGAUGGUCUCCUUUCUGGCCGUUACUCUCGGACUGACUCGGAUAUCGCUUCGUCGGCCCAUUCUUCAGAGCCGCCGCAUCAAAAAGGAAUCGCGCCGUCGAUGUUCAAACACCUCGUCGGUCGUGGCCACGAAGAGUUUUCGACUAUGCGGCAACAAGAUGCAUUCGAAUUCCUAACGCACGUAUUCAAGCUGAUCAACCGGUCGAAACAUCCUGAAAUUUUACCCAACCCCGUCGACAGCUUCAAUUUCAUUAUGGAACAGCGUCUUCAGUGUCUUCACUUCCCCGCUCAUCGCUUACCAGCUAGCGACGAUCCAAACGCACCGGUUCAGUUCCGUCCGGUCACACUCCAUGAUUGCAUGAGCGCAUCUACCGCUGAGGAAAUAGUUGAGCUCAGUUGUCCUGCAUGUGGCAGCAAAGACGGUUUCUCCAAAAGGUCUUCGUUCAAAACGUUGCCCCAGGAGUUGGUCGUCAACGCCCGGCGCUUCGAGUUGAUCAAUUGGGUGCCUACAAAACUCGACAUCCCUGUGGAAGUGAGCGAUCAACCACUGGAUUUCACGCCCUACCUUUCUUCUGGCCUGCAGGAGGGUGAGGAACUCCUCCCAGAAACCGAAAAUGAUGCGUCUGUAGACGCUUUUGUCCCUCAUCAACCCUCCAUGGACCAACUUCUAAAGUAUGGGUUUUCCCGCGGAAACAACGAUGCCGAAGGGGCAAUGAACUGGCUCUUCGCUCACAUGGACGAUGCAGAUAUCGAUGAGCCGAUAAAGUCGAAGCAGAACGCCGGGCUCAAGGUAGAGCAAGACCCUGCCAAGGUUGCAAUGCUAGGGGAAAUGGGGAUCGAUGUGACCCGUGCACAAAUGGCGUUGGCCGCUACAGAUGGGGAUGUCAACCGGGCUAUCGACUGGGUCUUCAGUCACCCCGAUAUAACAGAGGCUGCAGACAACCAACAAUCAGCUGCUGACUCUGCGGGUGAUCCUAAAUCAGAAGGCUUUGACUCUAGGCCGGCUAGGUACCAGCUUCGGUCAAUUGUAUGCCACAAGGGCGCCUCAGUACAUGCUGGUCACUAUGUUGCGUUUGUGCGAAAAGCGAUCCCUGGACAGGAGGGCUUGUCAUGGGUGAUGUUCAAUGAUGAGAAAGUUGUGAGGGUCGAUGAUAUCCAGGAGAUGAAAAAAUUCGCCUACCUGUAUUUUUUCUCUCGAGUUUAG